UCUGACUGCCUUUUUUAUUGGCUACUUGCCACAUCUUCUCCCUCCCGGUUGCAGAAGCACGGAAAGAUGAGUAAAUUACUUGUCAUAGCCCUCCUACUGCUGCCUCUGAUCAACCACGGAAUCUACUUGGCCACGGCAUGGGAUGAUCAAGAUUUCUUCAAAUACUGCCCACCUUCCAACUGCAGCCAACAUGGUCCAGAGGUCAGGUUUCCUUUCUGCCUUGAGUCCAGCAAUACAUCAGCAGUAGCAGCAGCAGCAGCAGCAUCAUGUGGAUGUAGCAGCACGGAUGGAUUAAUCUGGAAGUUAGCAUGCUUUGGUCAAGACACCAUCCUAGUUCACCCAGUUCUUGGCUCAUACAGUGUCAGUGCCAUAGAUUACAGACGUUCUUCGGUGAAGCUCAUCCCGCUUGUAGACCCCUGUUUGAUGCUACAGCAGAAGCUCGCCAUCUCCAGAAGAUGGUCGUCUCGACAAGUUGAUGUUAUCGAUGGCAUGCAGCUGCCUGAUCGGCAGUUCUCAAUUUUGUCAUAUAAGUAUGCAACCCUGGUAUGCUGUUCAAGCGAGUUCACACCUGCUGCUGCCGAUGCCGAUAGCAUUGCAGGCCCAGUCUCCUGCCUUAGCAACACAACCCUCUUCCUGUAUUUGGUUGCUGCUUAUAAAGACAUGUCCAUUCUUCCAUUGGACUGCAAGGUUUUCCCAGUCUCAGAUGGCGUCAGUGGCCGGCUGAUACCAAUGUAUAUGCUUGAGGACCCAAUGUCAGGCACGCCCUUCUCACUGUCCUUCAAGGAACGCGCAGAAAGAAUGCUCAGUUUUGCUGAGACGACAGUGUAUUGUUUUGGUGGCAAUUGCGGGCAAUGUGAACUCAGUGGGCAACGCUGCGCGUUCAGCUCACAAAGGGAUGAAACAUUCUGCAUACCUGACCCUCACGGUUCACGUAUCAAAGUCAUUGCAGCUACAUCAUCGGUGGCCGCAUUUGUCGUUCUUUUGGUGACAGUGGCCACUGUGCUUUAUCUUUCACUCAAGACAAGAUAUAACGCAGAGAUACAUUUGAAGGUCGAAAUGUUUCUCAAGACAUAUGGAACAUCGAAACCCACGAGGUACACUUUCUCCGAAGUUAAGAGGAUGGCAAGACGGUUUAAGGAAAAAGUAGGGCAGGGAGGAUUUGGAAGUGUAUACAAAGGCGAGUUACAAAAUGGAGUGCCCGUGGCAGUCAAGAUGCUAGAGAACUCUACAGGAGAGGGAGAAGCAUUCAUCAAUGAAGUUGCAACCAUCGGACUAAUCCACCAUGCCAAUAUUGUCCAACUCCUCGGAUUUUGUUCCGAAGGAAUGAGACGGGCUCUUAUUUAUGAGUUCAUGCCUAAUGAGUCACUAGAGAAAUAUAUUUUCUCUCGUGACUCUGCAAAUUUCCAGCAUCUUCUGGUACCCGACAAGCUGCUAGAUAUUGCUCUAGGCAUAGCCAGAGGAAUGGAGUACUUGCAUCAAGGGUGCAACCAGCGCAUCCUCCACUUCGACAUCAAGCCUCACAAUAUCUUGCUGGACUACAACUUCAAUCCAAAGAUCUCAGACUUUGGCCUGGCGAAAUUGUGUGCAAGGGACCAAAGCAUCGUCACCUUAACAGCGGCAAGAGGCACAAUGGGCUACAUUGCACCCGAGCUAUACUCUCGGAACUUUGGGGGAGUAUCGUACAAGUCAGACGUGUACAGUUUCGGAAUGCUGGUGCUAGAAAUGGUGAGCGGGAGGAGGAAUUCAGACCCAAGAAUCGGGAGCCAGGAUGAUGUUUACCUCCCAGAGUGGAUCUACGAGAAAGUGGUCAAUGGGGAGGAGUUGGCGCUUACUUUGGAAACGACUGAAGAAGAGAAAGAAAAGGUGAGGCAGCUGGCUAUUGUCGCACUGUGGUGUAUCCAGUAGAACCCAAGAAACCGGCCGUCGAUGACGAAGGUCGUUAACAUGCUAACUGGGAGGCUUCAGAGUCUGCAGAUGCCACCAAAGCCUUUCGUCUCAUCUGAGAAUGAACUUAUGCCAUAAUUUAAAACAGAGACUACCAUACUCUGUCAGCAUUCAAGGUUGUACUUUGUCUACAUGUGUGAUGCAACCAUAGCAACCAGUGUGUUUUGAUGCUUUCGGUCCAUUAAGUCUGAAGAUUUAUGAAUAAUCACUGGUCUCUACCAUGUAAUAAUAGUACUCUACCACUCCCUCCGUCCCAUAAUACAAGUGUUUUUGGCACUAGACUACACUAGUGUAAAAAAACGCUCUUAUAUUAUU